UAUGAAUAGGGUCACAAUUACACUUCUUCUUUUGCUUGUCACAAACUGGAAAAACUAUUCUGAGUGGCAGGAACAGCUGUCUCUCAAACUAUUCUUGCAUUGGUUUUGUUUAUGCUGUAAAACAUUGCCAGGUUAUGGAAAUUCAGCUCUGAAUAGAAAAUAGAGGACUUUGUUGAAGUACUGAAGGUUCAUUUGAUAAACUGAGACCCUAAAGAGAGAUGGAGGCUGUUUUAGGACUGUUGGUGAUCUCAGCAGGAGUGUCUCAUGGCUUGGAGACUUCCUGUGAUGCUAGACAGAACAGAUCUCAGUGUUAUGGAGCUCUGGGAGGAACUGUCUAUCUCCAGCUGAUCACUAAUGCCACGGGAAAUGAUGAACUCAUAUUUUCGAAAGGCACAAUUGUUACUAAAAAAGAGAUAUUCAAAAUGAAGAAUGACAAACUGGUAAUAAGAAACCGCCCCAUUGAAGACAGAGUACACUUCUUUACAAACAAUGGGACAUUUAGGUUAAAUAACACAAGAAGGAAUGAUUCUGGUAAAUACCUGAUAGAUACUUUUUAUACAAACGGGACAUUCAUCUGGACCAGUGGACUACAACUGUUCAUCGAAGCUCCAGUGUCCUCUCCUCAACUGUCAUCUGACUGUCUGUCCUCUGGAGAGAUGAGGGUGUCCUGCUCCUCUGAGGGGGACGGUCCCCAGUACAGCUGGACUCUGGAUGGACAGACGUUGAGAGACACUGAGACCUCUCCUGGUGAUGAGACAAACACCAUCACUCUGAAGAAAGGCCUGUCUGGAAAUCUCACCUGUACCAUCAGAAACAACGUCAGCAGUGUUGCUGUCAGCAAGAUAAUCUCACACUGUCCAGGGCUCACUUAUGCUAACUGCACCUUAACCAACGGGACAAAGAUAUCAGAGUGGGUGAAUGCCACUGGUAGUAUCCUGUGUGUUGAGCCUACAACAGUGGUGACUGAGGCCCCCACCAGUAAAACCUCCACUGGUAAGGGCCUGGGGCAUGACACCCUAAUGACCUCCAGACCCAGCAAUCACACCCAGGGCUUGACUAACAACACUAGUACUAACUCCCCUCCAACCCUUUGGAUUUUUACCACAGAGCAAUUAGGGAUGGCAGCAGGGUCUCUGGCAGGAGUGGUCCUUGUCUUACUGAUGCUGUUGGCAGUUUACUGUGUCCAGAAGAAAAAUAAACCUUCAAAGACUCCAGUCAUCUCUCUCACCACAGUUAAGGAUGACAGCCAGGAUGUGGAAUAUGCUGAUGUCAGGAUACUGAGGAAGGAAAUGAGACAGAAGGAGAGGGAGGCGCCGGUGGAGGUGGAGUAUGGACAAGUGAAAGUGGCGGGGGGUCCCCAGCAGCCGGUGGAGUAUGGACAGAUUACAAUAUUAGAGGGUCCCAGGAUGAAGGUAGACACACCUGAGGAGGAGGACUGUAUGUAUGCCAGUGUACGGAAAGGCCAGUGAGCAAGGUACUGUCUAGAUAGAAUAGGAGGCUGAGAGUUGAAUCACUCAGAGUCUGAGUUGAAUCACUGGUGCGUCCCAAAUCUCUCCCUUCUCUUGACGUAUGCACUACUCUCCACAUAUUUCAAAGCAUUGGAUUGGUGUAGACAUGGAUUUGAAAGGGAAUGACUGGUAAAUGCAAACUUCCUGUAGCCCAUGCCUACAGUAAUCCAAUGCCUUGAAAUAUGUGGUGAGUAGUGAACAAGUUCACGCUUCAGGAGGAAGGAGAGAUUAUUGGGACUCAACCCCUGAGAGGUCCAGAGUUGACACAGAUGACAAACAUGUUGAAUCUUGUUGUCUUAGUUACAGUUACAGCUGUGUUUUUUGAAUGUUCACACAUAUUAGUACAUUAGUGUCUGUUUCCAAGAAGUGGAGACAUUACUUCUGUUUUUCAUGCCUGCAUUUCUUUCUUUCAGAAACUGUUAUUCUACUUGGUUGUGUGGUGGUCACUUGUUACUUGUUUCAGAUGUGUGAUAUGUCACAAAAUAUUUAAUGUUUUUGCUGCAUGACAGAAAUAAUUACAUCAUUCUUUAACCCUCCCGUUGUCCUAGGGUCAAAAUGACCCGCCACUGUGUCGAACCAACUUUAUUAAAUUUUUAUAUUUU